AUGGCAGGAAUACGUAAUAUUCACCAUGUCCAACUGUGGGAUGAUACGGUGGCGGGGCCGGCGCCGGAAAGUGGUCUCGGAAAAUUGAGAAAGCACGCUUCACUAUCCACCGUCCGAUCUCCUCCUCUCUCCAGCGAUCAAGUCACCAGAAGCAUAACCAUUACCAAGGGGAAUAACAACGUCCUUGGUCUCCGGAAAUUGAAGAUGGAUCCGGGUCGUGUCCCGGAUUCUCCGACCAGUUCAAGUUGCAACCCGGGGACGCCUUUAACCCCCGGGACCCCAUGUGAUCAUUUCGGACCAUUCAGCGCCGAUAAAAUCCCAUCCUCCGGUGAAGCUGAUGCCGCAAGUCUCACGACUUAUGAAUGGAUUGUGCUAAACGCAUUGGACCGUUGA